AUGGCUGAGGUGAAAUCAGCUGUGUGGGAUUGUGAUAGUUAUAAAAGUCCGGGCCCAGACGGGAUUAAUUUUGGUUUCAUUAAAGAUUUCUGGGCUGAGUUACGGGGUGACAUUAUGCGUUUUCUUUCUGAUUUUCAUCUGGGAAGCUUGUAUAAAAUUUUGGCGAAGGUGUUAGCGAAUAGGUUGCAUUUAGUGAUCGGUAUUGUGAUUUCUGAGUCUCAGACAGCGUUUGUGAAAGAUAGGCAAAUCCUCGAUGGCAUACUCAUUGCAAACGAGGUGGUGGAUGAGGCGCGAAAGUCUAAGAAGGAGCUUAUGUUGUUUGAGGUAGAUUUUGAGAAGGCCUAUGAUUUAGUGGACUUGGGCUAUCUGGAUGAGGUUAUGGGGAGAAUGUCUUUUCCAACCCUAUGGAGGAAGUGGAUUCGAGAGUGUGUAUGCACGGCUACGGCAUCAGUGUUAGUUAAUGGUAGUCCGACUGAUGAAUUUCCUCUCUAG